AUGCCAUAUUCUGUGGCCAAGCGAUGGGAUACACAAGUUCAAACCCACGAAAGUCUCUUGGUUUUCGCUGACAGAUCGACCAAGUUCCCAGUCGGUAUACUUGAGGAUCUACAUGUGCAGAUAGGGAACACACUCAUUCCAGCAGACUUUGUAGUCCUCGAGCUCGACGAAGAGCCUAAGGAUCCGCUCAUACUAGGGCGAAACUUCCUAUGCACAGCUGGUGCAAUCAUUGACGUGAAGGGAGGAAUCAUUGAUCUCCAUCUGGGAGAUAUCGUCAUGAGGUUCGAGAUGAACAAACUCCUCAAGAAGCCAAUGUUAGAUGGGCAAACUUAUGUGAUUGAAGAUGGCUCAAACUUGGUGGACGAAGUGAGUGAGGAGAUGCUUCUUGACGACCCUCUGGAGGUAGCUUUGACUAAAGCUGAAGGCGAGUAUGAUUUCCUGAAUGAGGAAGCCGAUGGCUUCGGGAAGAUGAUGGACGCAAGCGGCAAGAUGGAGAGACUGGUGGCGUUCAUGAGCUUGGAGGAGGAGGAUCGAUCGAAGAUGCCAGAUCGAUCGAAUGCACCUCAGGAGAGUCCUCAACAGCCCUGGAGCGAGUCGAGUGCGCCUAAGCUCGAGCUGAAAACACUCCCUGCGGGGCUCAGGUAUGCAUUUCUGGGACCUAACUCUACAUACCCUGUGAUAGUGAAUGCUGAGCUGAACAAUGUUGAACUUGCUUUGCUUCUCUGUGAGCUUAGGAAGUAUAGAAAAGCUAUAGGGUAUUCGCUAGAUGACAUCCCUGGAAUUUCUCCUGAUCUUUGCAUGCAUAGAAUACAUCUAGAAGAUGAAUCGAUGACUUCUGUAGAACAUCAGAGGAGGUUAAACCCGAAUCUAAAAGAUGUUGUCAAGAAAGAGAUAAUGAAACUUCUAGAUGCUGGUGUAAUUUAUGCUAUAUCUGAUAGUAAGUGGGUCAGUCCUGUGCAUGUAGUUCCUAAGAAAGGUGGUAUAACUGUUGUUAAGAAUGAUAGGAACGAGCUGAUACCCACUAGAACUGUCACUGGUCAUCGCAUGUGCAUUGAUUACCGCAAACUGAAUGCUGCAACUCGCAAAGAUCAUUUUCCUCUCCCAUUUAUUGAUCAAAUGCUUGAGAGAUUGGCUAACCAUCCAUACUACUGCUUUUUAGAUGGUUACUCAGGUUUCUUUCAGAUCCCCAUCCACCCAGACGACCAGGAGAAGACGACAUUCACAUGUCCAUAUGGCACUUAUGCUUAUCGCAGAAUGCCGUUUGGACUGUGCAAUGCACCGGCGACGUUCCAGCGCUGCAUGAUGUCUAUUUUCACUGACCUUAUUGAGGACAUAAUGGAAGUUUUCAUGGACGACUUUUCUGUCUAUGGAAGCUCCUUUGCUGUGUGUUUGUCUAAUCUGUGCAGGGAUUUCGAGAAGGGAAUCGAGGUCGACAGAGCGAAGAUCGAGGUGAUGAUGAGUCUACAGCCGCCUAAUUCUGUCAAGGGAAUCCGCAGCUUUCUGGGGCAUGCAGGGUUCUACAGGCGAUUCAUCAAGGACUUCUCCAAGAUCACCAGACCUUUGACGCUGCUGUUGUGUAAGGAGGUCAAGUUCGACUUUGACAGUACAUGCUUGGAGGCCUUUCACACGAUCAAGGGAGCUCUGAGAAAGGAGAAGAAGCUGCACGUGAUCUACUACGCCAGUCGCACACUUGAUGAAGCUCAGUGCAAGUACGCUACGACUGAGAAGGAACUAUUGGCGGUGGUGUUUGCAUUUGAGAAGUUUCGGUCCUAUCUUGUUGGAUCGAAGGUGAUUGUCCAUACUGAUCACGCUGCCUUGAAGUACUUGCUGACGAAGAAGGAUGCGAAGCCGAGACUCUUGAGAUGGAUUCUUUUGCUUCAGGAGUUCGAUCUGGAGAUCAAGGAUAAGAAAGGGAUUGACAAUGGUGUAGCUGAUCACCUGUCAAGGAUGAAGAUCGAUGAUGACGUCCCUCUAGACGACAGCUUACCUGAUGAGCACGUCUACGCUGUUGAGGUGAUCGAUUACGGCGAGCCCCUGCUCGCAGAUGAUGGAGUUCGAUCGAGUGCACAGAAGGAGAUCGAUCGAAUGGGAGAUGGAGAUCGUACUUUGAGCUGUAACGCCGUUGACCGUCCAAAGAAGAAGUUCUUGAGAGACAUCCGGCGCUAUUUCUGGGAUGAGCCAUACCUGUACAAGCACUGCACCGAUGGAGUCUACAGGAGAUGUGUAGCUGAUGAGGAGAUACCUGGGAUCUUGUUCCACUGUCAUAGCUCGUCUUAUGCUGGACACUUCGCGACGUACAAGACUGUAUCCAAGGCGCUGCAAGCUGGCUACUGGUGGCCCACCAUGUUCCGAGAUGCUCACAGAUUCGUGUCUAAGUGUGAUGUAUGCCAGAGACAGGGGAACAUCAGUAAGAGAAACGAGAUGCCACAGAACUUCAUUCUGGAAGUAGAGGUUUUCGACGUGUGGGGAGUUGACUUCAUGGGACCCUUCCCAUCUUCCUAUGGAAACCUGUACAUUUUGGUGGCUGUCGACUAUGUAUCUAAGUGGGUAGAGGCUUUGGCCAGUCCCACUAAUGAUGCAAAGGUCGUGAUGAAGAUGUUCAAGUCGGUGAUCUUCCCUCGAUUUGGUGUGCCGAGAGUUGUUAUCAGUGAUGGAGGUUCCCAUUUCAUCAAUAGGACCUUCGAUAAUAUGUUGAAGAGGCACGGGGUGAAGCACAAGGUGGCGACUCCUUAUCAUCCCCAGACGAGUGGCCAAGUCGAGCUAUCUAACAGAGAGAUCAAGAACAUCCUUCAGAAGACUGCAGGCACGACUGGGAAGGACUGGGCUGCAAAGUUGGAUGAUGCACUCUGGGCCUAUCGAACUGCCUACAAGACUCCUCUUGGUACGACACCGUUCAACUUGGUCUAUGGCAAGGCUUGUCACCUGCCUGUGGAGUUAGAGUACAAGGCUGCGUGGGCAGUGAAGCAGAUGAACUAUGACAUGAAGUCUGCGGCAGAGAGGAGGAACAUGCAGUUGGUCGAGCUUGACGAGAUUAGGCACCUGGCCUAUGACAGUUCGAAGAUCUACAAGGAGCGGACUAAAGCUUACCAUGACAAGAAGAUCCUGAAAAGGAACUUUUCCCAAGGAGAUCAAGUCCUGCUGUUUAACUCCAGGCUGAAGUUGUUUCCUGGAAAGCUGAAAUCAAGAUGGUCUGGGCCCUUUGUCAUCAAGGAAGUCAGACCAUAUGGAGCCUUUUGA